GGGGCGCGGGUGGCCGGGGUCCGCUCGGGCGUGCGCGCCAAGGGCCGCCCGCGCCCGGGCCCCGGGCCGCGCCCGCCGCCGCCGCCGCCCAGCCUCACCGACAGCAGCUCCGAGGUGUCGGACUGCGCGUCCGAGGAGGCGCGGCUGCUGGGCCUGGAGCUGGCGCUGGGCAGCGACGCCGAGUCGGCGGCGGGCGCCCCCCGGCCGGGCCAGGCACCCGCGCCCGCGCCGCCGCCCGCGCAGCAGCAGCAGCCCCCGCGGCCGCCCGCCUCGCCCGACGAGCCGUCGGUGGCCGCGUCGUCGGCGGGCAGCAGCCGCCUGCCGCUCAGCGCCUCGCUGGCCUUCUCCGACCUCACCGAGGAGCUGCUGGACUGCGGGCCCGGCGGCUUCGUGCGGGAGCUGGAGGAGCUGCGCUCGGAGAACGACUAUCUCAAGGAUGAGAUCGAGGAGCUGCGGGCGGAGAUGUUGGAGAUGCGGGACGUCUACAUGGAGGAGGAUGUGUACCAGCUGCAGGAGCUGCGGCAGCAGCUGGACCAGGCCAGCAAGACCUGCCGCAUCCUGCAGUACCGGCUGCGCAAGGCCGAGCGCCGCAGCCUCCGCGCCGCACAGACGGGCCAGGUGGACGGCGAGCUCAUCCGGGGCCUGGAGCAGGACGUCAAGGUCUCUAAGGACAUCUCCGUGCGACUGCACAAGGAGCUGGAGGUCGUGGAGAAGAAACGAGCACGGCUAGAAGAGGAGAACGAGGAGCUUCGACAGCGGCUCAUCGAGACAGAACUGGCUAAGCAGGUGCUGCAGACGGAGCUUGAGCGGCCGAGAGAGCACUCCUUGAAGAAGAGAGGGACCCGCUCCCUGGGGAAGACGGACAAGAAGCCUUCGGUGCAGGAGGACAGCGCGGACCUGCGGUGCCAGCUGCACUUCGCGAAGGAGGAGUCCGCCCUCAUGUGCAAGAAGCUCACCAAGCUGGCCAAGGAGAACGACGGCAUGAAGGAGGAGCUGCUCAAGUACCGCUCGCUCUACGGGGACCUGGAGGGCGGCCUGUCGGCCGAGGAGCUGGCGGCCGCCCCGCACUCGCGCGAGACCGAGCUGAAGGUGCACCUCAAGCUGGUGGAGGAGGAGGCGAACCUGCUGAGCCGCCGCAUCGUGGAGCUGGAGGUGGAGAACCGCGGGCUGCGGGCGGAGAUGGACGACAUGAAGGACCAGCCUGGGGCCGGCCCCGGGGGGCUGGAGGCCCGCCUGGCCUUCUCGGCGCUGGGCGGCGGCGGCGGGGAGUGCGGGGAGAGCCUGGCCGAGCUGCGGCGGCACCUCCAGUUCGUGGAGGAGGAGGCCGAGCUGCUGCGGCGCUCGUCCGCCGAGCUCGAGGACCAGAACAAGCUGCUGCUGACCGAGCUGGCCAAGUACCGCUCGGAGCACGAGCUGGACGUGACCCUGUCGGAGGACAGCUGCUCCGUGCUCAGCGAGCCCUCGCAGGAGGAGCUGGCGGCCGCCAAGCUGCAGAUCGGCGAGCUCAGCGGCAAGGUGAAGAAGCUGCAGUAUGAGAACCGCGUGCUGCUGUCCAACCUGCAGCGCUGCGACCUCGCCUCCUGCCAGAGCACGCGGCCCAUGCUGGAGACGGACGCCGAGGCGGGCGACUCCGCCCAGUGUGUGCCCGCCGCCCUGGGCGACGCCGGCGGGCCCCACGCCGCCCGGCUGUGCCGGAGCAGGGAAGCCGAGGCGCUCCCGGGGCUGCGUGAGCAGGCCGUCCUGGUCAGCAAGGCCAUCGACGUGCUCCUGGCCGACGCCAACGGCUUCUCGGCUGGCCUCCGGCCUUACCUGGACAACGAGGGUGUGGAUUUCCGGCUGCACGAACCCCCCGACAACAGUGAGGGGCCCCGGGACUCCAAGCUCCUGCACGCGCUCCUGGUGCGGCUGAGCCUGCUCCAGCAGGAGCUCAAUGCCUUCACCAGGAAGGCCGACCCCGUCCUGGGCAGCUCCGUCAAGGAGCCCCCGGAGCCCUUCCCGACGCUGCCCCCCUUGGGCUCCCAGGGGCCCUCCAAGGAGAUGCUUCUGGCCAAAGACCUUGGCUCCGACUUCCAGCCGUCGGACUUCAGGGACCUGCCGGAAUGGGAGCCAAGGAUCCGAGAGGCCUUUCGUGCCGGGGACCUGGACUCGAAGCCCGAUCCCGGCCGGAGCUUCAGGCCUUACCGAGCAGAAGACAAUGACUCCUACGCUUCUGAGAUCAAGGAGCUGCAGCUGGUGCUGGCUGAGGCCCACGACAGCCUCCGCGGCCUGCAGGAGCAGCUCUCCCAGGAGCGGCAGCUUCGGAAGGAGGAAGCCGACAGCUUCAAUCAGAAAAUGGUCCAGCUGAAGGAGGACCAGCAGAGGGCGCUCCUGAGGCGAGAGUUUGAGCUGCAGAGUCUGAGCCUCCAGCGGCGGCUGGAGCAGAAAUUCUGGAGCCAGGAGAAGAACAUGCUGGUGCAGGAGUCCCAACAGUUCAAGCACAACUUCCUGCUGCUCUUCAUGAAGCUCAGGUGGUUCCUCAAGCGCUGGCGGCAGGGCAAGAUUUUGCCCAGUGAGAGGGACGACUUCCUGGAGGUGAGCAGCAUGAAGGAGCUGUACCUGCUCAUGGAGGAAGAGGAGCUGAAUGCCCAGCACCCUGAUAACAAGACCUGCACAGGGGACAGCUGGACCCAGAACACGCCCAACGAGUACAUCAAGACGCUGGCCGACAUGAAGGUGACGCUGAAGGAGCUGUGCCGGUUGCUUCGGGACGAGCGCCAGGGCCUGACCGAGCUGCAGCAGCAGUUUGCCAAGGCCAAGGCCACCUGGGAGACGGAGCGGGCAGAGCUCAGGAGCCACACGGCCCAGGCGGAACUGAAGGCCGGGAAGGGGCCUGGGGAGCGGGCAGGGCCCGACUGGAAGGCCGCCCUGCAGCGGGAGCGGGAGGAGCAGCAGCACCUCCUGGCCGAGUCCUACAGUGCCGUCAUGGAGCUCACGCGGCAGCUGCAGAUCAGCGAGCACAACUGGAGCCAGGAGAAGCUGCAGCUGGUGGAGCGGCUGCAGGGUGAGAAGCAGCAGGUGGAGCAGCAGGUGAAGGAGCUGCAGAACCGCCUGAGCCAGCUGCAGAAGGCCGCUGACCCCUGGGCCCUGAAGCAUGCCGAUCUGGAGAAGCAAGACAACAGCUGGAAAGAGGCGCACAAUGAGAAGGUCCACGACAAGGAGGCUGCUGCCGAAGCUGAGCUGGGGGGAAGCGGCUUAAAGAGGACCAAAUCGGUGUCUUCCAUGUCUGAGUUUGAAAGUUUGCUGGACUGUUCCCCCUAUCUGGCUGGCGAGCCCUCACGGGGCAAGAAGCCGCCCAGCGGCCCUGCCUUCCCCUUUGUGGGCAGCCAGCCCGUGGACCCAGAGAAGGAGGCCGCCGAGCAGUGCGGGCGCCCAUCCCAGGACUGCCACCAAGCGGGCUGCCAGGAGCCACCGGGCAGGCAGAUGCAGCGCAGCUACACGGCGCCCGACAAGACGGGCAUCCGCGUCUACUACAGCCCCCCGGUGGCCCGGCGCCUGGGCGUGCCCGUGGUCCACAACCGGGAGGGCAAGAUCCUCAUUGAGCCGGGCUUCCUCUUCACCACAGCCAAGCCCAAAGAGUCCGCCGAGGCUGACGGGCUGGCCGAGAGCUCCUACAGCCGGUGGCUCUGCAACUUUUCCCGGCAGCGCCUGGACGGGGGCUCCGGCAGCAGCCCGGCGGCCUCGGGCCCCGGCUUCCCCGCGGCCCUGCAUGACUUCGAGAUCUCGGGCAACAUGAGCGACGACAUGAAGGAGAUCACCAACUGCGUGCGCCAGGCCAUGCGCUCGGGCUCGCUGGAGAGGAAAGUCAAGAGCACGUCCAGCCAGACGGUGGGGCUGGCCAGCGUGGGCACGCAGACCAUCCGCACGGUCAGCGUGGGCCUGCAAACUGACCCGCCCCGCAGUGGGCUGCACAGCAAGGGCUGGUCGCCACGCGGCAAGCAGCUCUCGUCCUCCCUGGACAAGGUCCACGCGCGCAUCGAGCGGCCCUGCUGCUCCCCCAAGUAUGGCUCGCCCAAGCUCCAGAGACGCUCAGUGUCCAAGUUGGACAGCGCCAAGGACCGCAGCCUGUGGAACCUGCACCAGGGCAAGCAGAACGGCUCGGCCUGGGCACGCUCCACCACCACCCGGGACAGCCCCGUGCUGCGGAACAUCAACGAUGGCCUCUCCAGCCUCUUCAGCGUGGUUGAGCACUCGGGGAGCACGGAGUCGGUCUGGAAACUGGGCAUGUCCGAGGCGCGGGCCAAGCCCGAGCCCCCGAAGUACGGCCUCGUGCAAGAGUUCUUCCGCAACGUGUGCGGACGCGCCCCGAGCCCCACCUCGGCCGCCGGGGAGGAGGGUGCCAAGAAGCCAGAGCCCCUAUCUCCUGCCAGCUACCACCAGCCCGAGAGCGUGGCCAGGAUCCUGAACAAGAAGGCGGCCAAGUGCGGCAGCAGUGAGGAGGCCCGACUGGCCGGGCUGCAACAGGUGGGAAAGGAUGGCGUCCCCCGGGAUGCAGAUGGCUCCACUGUUCUUCCCAGUGAGGACGCUGUCUGUGACUGCAGUGCCCAGUCUCUGGCCUCCUGCUUCGCGCGGCCCUCCCGUUCCGCCAUCGUCCGCCACUCCCCUUCCAAGUGCCGGCUCCACGCUUCAGAGUCAGGCUGGUGUGGGGAGGAGAGGGCUGCCCCCCCUAGCGACUGAUGGGGGCCGGGAGGCACCCUGCCCUCAACCAGCCC